GUUUAGCGCUAAACUUGUGAGUAUUUUAAUUUUCAAGCUUGUUCUUUAUAUUUUUCUAAUUCUAAUUACUUAAAGAUAUAAGAAUUGUAGCAAUAAAAUAUAGUUUAUAACUCCGGUGUAUCAGUAACUGCUCGUUUGUAUAUUAGAGAAAAUUUUUGCAGCUAAAAUGGUUUCAAAGGUAGAAUUGAAAUUUACGCGUCUCACUGAAAACGCAUAUCCUCCAGUUAGAGGAUCUGAUAAAGCAGCUGGUUUCGAUUUGAAAAGUGCUUAUGACUAUGUUGUACCAGCUAGGGGUAAAGAAUUAGUCAAAACAGACUUACAAAUAGAAUUGCCAUCUGAAUGUUAUGGCAGAGUUGCCCCACGUUCUGGAUUAGCUGUAAAGAAUUUCAUUGAUGUUGGUGCUGGUGUCAUUGAUGAAGAUUAUCGUGGAAAUGUAGGUGUUGUACUAUUCAACCAUUCAGAUAAGGAAUUUGUGGUCAACAAAGGUGAUAGAAUUGCACAAUUGAUUUGUGAAAAAAUUUACUAUCCCGAGCUUAUUGAAGUUUCUAACCUAUCUGAAACAAAUAGAGGUGAAGGAGGAUUUGGAUCAACAGGGACGCAGUAAAAAUAAAGAAACCAGUAUUAUUAAAAAUAAUAAUUAAUCUCUUAAGUAAAUAAAGCUAUUCUUAAAA